AUGAAGUCUUUCGUUUCCGUCGCUCUUCUGCCCCUUGCGGUUCAAGCCGUAAGGAUCGUCCAAUCCAAUGAUGAUGGCUGGGCUGAGUCGUAUAUCCGCACCUUCAAUGACGCCUUGAACAACGCGGGCUACGAUGUUGUUCUUUCGGCCCCUGCUGAGAACAAGUCGGGCAGCAGCUCUCGAGAUGAGAACCCCAAGGAUCGCAAGACACCUUGUCAGUACGAUAGCUGUCCCGCCAACAGCGGCCCUGCUGGUUCCGACCCCAAGCGACCUGAUCUUAACUGGGUCAACUCUUUCCCCGUCACUUCUAUGAAGUACGGGAUUGACACCUUUGGCCCCAGCCUGUGGGAUGGCGCUGCCCCUGAGCUUGCCGUUACCGGCCCCAAUGUCGGCAGCAACAUCUGGCUCCAGGUUCCCUUCUCUGGCACUGUUGGCGCUGCUUGCUAUGCCGCUCAUGAAGUCGGUAUUCCUGCCAUUGCCUUCUCUGGGGCUUCCGGCGGCAACACUGCCUUCAACGCGAAACCCGUUCCCGAGCGCAGCCUUGUCUACGCUGAGCUUGCAACCACGUUCGUCAAGAAGAUUACCGACUCUGGAAAGCCUUACCUGCCCAAGGACGUUUACCUCAACGUCAACUUCCCCAAGGUUGAGGGCAAAUGCACUGAUGCAUCCAAGUUCCAAUGGGUGCUGACCCGCAUCAACACUGGCUUGCUGUCCGAACGUGAUACUGAAUGGUGUGGCGAGGAUCGUCUUCCUACUGAGACUGAGAUUGCUCUCAAGAGUGGCUGCUAUGCUUCUAUUAGUGUUGGGGAUGCUGCCGAUAAGACCACAGCUGAUGCUGCGAGACAGAAGAUCGUUUUGGAGAAGAUCAAGGACAUGCUUGUGUGUGUUGAUUGA